AUGGUUAAACAAACCAUGAGAUUCAUGGUGACUUCUGCUAUGGUUUGCAUUCUUUUGAGUGACUUCCUCACUGUGAGGGUGUUUGCUCUUCCCCGCGGCUCCCCCCAGAGCGCGUGGGACUCGGGACGUUUCCCCAGCUAUGGGGGAGGAACCCCGUCCACCCGCCAGCCAGUCCACACGAUCCACCCAGAAAACGUCCACCAGCACAACCACGUCCACCACGUCAAGAAGACUACCAGUGGAGGCAGAACUGGACUGACAGGCCUCAACCCGUUGCUGCUUGGGGGACUUGGAGGCUUAGGAGGAUUAGGAGUUUUGGGGUUGGGAGGCUUGGGAUUAGGAGGCUUGGGGUCCCUGGGACCUUUGCUCCAAUUGAGCCUUCUCGGUGGGCUAGGCAUUGGGGGACUGGGCUUAGGAGGACUGGGCUUAGGCCUAGGAGGGCUGGGUGGGCUCGGUGCUCUGGGAGGACUGGGUGGGCUUGGAGGGCUUGGUGGGCUUGGAGGGCUUGGUGCUCUGGGAGUUGCUGACAACGGAGGGGGAUGGUAG